CCUCAUUUCACUACUCCUCCUCCUCCUCAACAGUGACUAAUCCAAGCCAGAAGCAGGUAGAAAAGAGCAUAUGCUCUGAGCUUCACUACCAAGACCAAGCUACUACUACUACUGUCACUGUGUUACUAGCCAGCUCAGGUACUCUCAACAUUCUCUGAUUCAGAGCUACACUACCAAGACCAAGCUACUACUACUACUGUCACUGUGUUACUAGCCAGCUCAGGUACUCUCAACAUUCUCUGAUUCUGAGCUACUCUACCAAGACCAAGCUACUACUACUACUGUCACUGUGUUACUCUCAACAUUCUCUGAUUCUGAGCUACACUACCAAGACCAAGCUACUACUACUACUGUCACUGUGUUACUAGCCAGCUCAGGUACUCUCAACAUUCUCUGAUUCAGAGCUACACUACCAAGACCAAGCUACUACUACUACUGUCACUGUGUUACUAGCCAGCUCAGAUCGGUUGGCAGAAUGUCUCUGCUGCUUUGUUGUAUAGUGAUGGCUCUGCACCUCGCAACAGGGCUGGAUGCUGCCCCGGGGGUGGUGAACACUACAGAGGAGGAGGUGGAAGGGGGGGACUCCCAGUCACCAUGCCCAGCCGGGUGGCAUCAGAAUGAGCAUCGCUGCUUCUCCUUCUACCCUGUCUGGGCCACCUGGGCCACUGCAGAGUUGUACUGCUCCCAGCACAGAGGGAACCUGGUGUCGGUUCACAGCCCGGGUCAACAGGUGUUUGUCCAGGAUCUGGUCAGGAGACACACAGACCAGCCGGUCUGGAUGGGAGGCUACGAUGCAGCUCAGGAGGGGAUGUGGCUGUGGAGUGACGGCUCAGCUGUUGACAGUUUCUACUGGGAGGAGGAUGAGCCCAGUAACUCUGGACAGGGGGAGAACUGUAUGGAGCUACACACUGGAGGUGGGCAGGGCUGGAAUGACGUGUCCUGUGGAGAGCUGAGGUUCUAUGUGUGUUCUAUGGAGACAAGAUCUGGUUUAGCAGUAAUUCCAAGUCAGAAGAAAAAACACGAGAGAGGUGAGUAUUUAUGACUUCCUGUGGGAGAC